UCCAUCGCCUAUGACUGGUCAUUUUUCUCAUUGAUGAGGUCUUCCAAUCCACGCCCUUGCCUUUGUAUCCACUCAUAAGACACGGCAACCUACCUUAUCUACGCCGUCAUUCUUACAAUCUUAGAUCUCCAGCAAAUCCCCCUAUAUUUCCCCUGCUCAACGAUACCCGUCAUUCCGCCGGCGGCAGCGUGGGUCACCGGCACCUCACACUGCCGCGGAGGCUAUGAGUGAUGGUGAGAGCGAUGAUGGUAGGCGGGCGGCCAAGAAGCGCAAGGCGAGCCGUGCCUGUGACCGCUGCAAUUCUCAGCACCAGCCUUGCGACAACGCCACCCCCAAGUGUAGCGUGUGCGUCCGUGCUGGCACCGAGUGCACCUACAACAGGCCCGUUCGCAAGAGGGGGCCGCGUAGUGGCUACACCGGCCAGAAUGGAGAGCGUCUAUGGGCCAUAGUGCUUCAGGCCCGUCCCGACAUAGAGGACAUCGUGUUGCAGGCACUUCGCCGUGGGACCUACGGCGAUACGGGCAUUCCCAACCUGGAAUAUUAUCGCAACAACUACAACCAAACAGAGCUGGUGAAUAAAUUUAAUGAGAGUCGUAUUGCCCGAUUCUUGCAGCAUGGCGAAUCGGCCGACCUGGAUCUUCCGCCCUUAGAUCAGGAAAUACCCCUGGCAUCGCACUCUGAGCCCCCUCGCAGCGAAGCAAGCUGCAGGCAAAACAAUGGUGCUACGAGACUAUCAGGGCAUGUCCCGGUUCAACCUAGUCAGCGCAGUCGAGCUAUGUCUGUUAGCUCAGGAACGAAUUCGACCACAGUCAACCCCCAUGGUGCCCCCCAAAAUCCUGGUGACAUAUAUCUUCAGAGCGAAGACAUCCGGAGACGUGCUUUUGACCCGCCACCCGAACGCCAACGCUCUUAUGGUGACACUAGCUAUCAAGGGUCGCCGGCCCUUCAGAACACACAUUUCGGAUGGAAUGGUUCGACGAACAAUUACAGAGCUCAUGCAUCCAAUGUAGAAACACCCGCUAAUGCGUCGGAUUUCGGUUCCCUAUCAGGCGCUCCACAUACCUCAUUCCAAGGCGAGGAUGGUUACGACACGAAGCGGGAACUCUCUGAUCCUGGGGCAACCUACCAUUCUCGAUGGCUUGAUUCAAUACCUAAGGAUACCUUGCUCAAUCUUGGAUUUGCUCCCGGCGAAGGAAUGGAAGAAGACUUCUUCGAGCUUUGUGCUAAUCCAGAUCCAAUCGAUUCGACACCCACAAACUACACGGCUGACCAGAAUGAAGACGAAGAAGCAAUCUGGCGCCGUUUAGUUAUGAGAGGGAGAUUCGUGUGAGCGUUUACAGUGCGAACUGCCCAUUCCUGAGAACUGCAACACGUAAAGCAAUAGUGAAACGUAUCUCCUCUCGCUCGCUCAGAAUAAGACAGAGCUUACCUAAUCUAUGACAAAGUUACCUGGAGAAGACCCUGGAUGUAUGUGGAAAGGGGAGAAUAGGCUCUAUUGUGGUGAGCCUACGACCUCAACUGUAUCCAAUGGCCUCAUGUAAUUAUAGCCUGACUAGCUAUAUCUACAUAUCGCUACUUGUGCGAUGAUGGGUUGAUGUAGGGAACACCUAACCAUACCGGGACUUGGGACAAGAUGACACCGAAGCUGUCUAUUUAUUCAACAAAGUGUUUUGCAGAGGAAAAAAACA